AUGAGUUCAAUAUGCCCAUACUGCCACGUUUCCUACGUAUCAUGGCGUUUGAAAACCUUCCGUCGCCAAGCCCUUGAAGCUGCCGCUGGUCCUUUUGCACCAUUCAGCUCACGGAGCUUCACAACCAGCUCCAGCUUCCAAUUCCCAAAGCCAAAUCCCAAUCAAAAGAAACGGCGCGGGAAUCCAAAACGAGAAAGAAUACAAGAGCUCGACAUGCUCGACAGGCUACAUACUCAAAUCUCGGGGUUCGUCGAAGAAUUAAAGAAUAAACCACAAACCGUAGAAUCAUCGGAAGCUACUGCUCAUAAUGAACAAGAAAGCGCCCCGGGACAACCUACACGGUUGAAGGAUAUACCACCUCUACGUGCGCGACCUUCACAGUCCCUCCCCAAAUCCCCCAUCGUCACAAGGCUAGCACAGAGAGGAACCAAAUCGAAAUCCCGCGCCACCAAAUUAGAUAUCGACCGCCUAAAAUACAACCCGUGGGCCCAGAUUCUAGCAAGCCCUGUGCGCAUGUGUGUCGCAACUGGUGCCCGAAUUCCAGAAAAAUUGAUGGGAGAUUGGGGACUAGUGCAACACCCGGAAACAUGUGCGUUUUGGCUGACGCCCGUGGACUUGUUUCGAACGGAAUUUAAGCAAGCAAGUGCGAAAAGAAUACCAGCACCUCCAGCAGAGCGCGAUGAAGGUGCUGAAGGGGACUCUGUGCCCCAUCAUAAUGUUCCUAGCUUCCACAUGACCAACACUGUGGAGCUGAUUGAUGCUGUUGUGAAGUUGAAAGGGGAACGGUUGCCACGACUAGUCCCGAGUAAUUGGAAAGUGCCCAGGGGAACUCUGUCGCGGAAUGCGAAAUACGUUUUUAGAAAGGAUUUGCCGGUGUUUGUUUUGGAUCGUACGAGGGAGGUGGUGCUUCGGUGGUUGAAGAAGACAAAGGCGUUGCAGUUGGCAGGUGAGAUAUCGGGCGAUUUGACUGUAUUGGAUGUGGGGACGGAGGCAAUUGGGAAGGAUUCCUUGCAGGAGAGUCUGCGGAAAUUGGGGGGCUUGGAGCAUGCGGCUUGGGGUGCGGUGUUUAUAUCGAGAAGCACCAGAGAACAGGGCAAGAACACCGGUACUCAGGGAGAAGAGCAAGCUAGAGGAGGGGACGACAUCUCUCCUUCUACUAGUUUAGCAGCAGAUCCGAGAAACAAGUCAACAUUGGCAAACUCCUCUAUUAUUCCGGAGUCUGACUCGGAAUCAGCUAGCGUGUCGGACUCUCUCCCUAAAUACAUUACUCUUCCAAGCACUGGUUCGAUGGUGCCAGUGUUUGAUCUGACGAUGCUCCUGACAGAAGAGCAACUCGAUGCGCUUUGCCAACAUGCAGAGGUAUUCCGUAAUCCUGCUGUCUUCUAUAGACCAGGCAGUAGAGCGCCUGUUUCCAUGAUCUCGUGGCUCUGGAGACUCAAGCUUUAUAUGCUGAGGAAAGAUAAACUUUGA